AGGAGAGGUGCGGAGGGGUACAUAAUAGGGUUAGGGUGACAAAGCACUGAAACAUUUCUACAAAGGAAGGACCAAGGGUCAUUCUUGAGCAGCAAGGCUGUGUCCACAACCCUCCAACAUGUCCGGAAUGGUGCUUCUCUGCUGCUUCCUGCUAUGCCCAAUAAUGGCCCUCCCAGGCAGAUCCCAGCCAAAGGAUCCUUUAUCACGAGAGUCCCAGCUGCCCAUUCUCAGCCCCCUGCCCUGUCGGAGCCUGCUGCCUGGGUCUCUUCCCAGCUUCAGUCGCCUCGACCCUCUGCCUAGGUUCCUGAUCAGCCUGCCUUUGUACCUCACCCUGGAGCGAGCUGGCUGUCCGGCUGAUGCUCAUGCCCUUCGGCAGCAGCUCUAUAGACUGGGUGGGGUGAAAGCCACAGAGACCCUCCUCCGACAGCUUCGAGACCUGAGAGGGCAUGGAAGAGAAAAGAACAACCACUGGGUCCUGUUCUCCAUUCUGCAGCUUCUAGGCAGGGGGAACAAGAAGUCGGGCAGGGUCUCUCGUUCACUCUCCAGGGCACAUUGCUUUGAUGAGAAGGAGCAACAGGUACACAGUGUAAUCCAUUUCCUGCCACAGCUAGGAAGAUACUAUAACCUUGGUACAGCCUUCUAUUAUGCUGCCCAGGACUGCUCUGCUCAGGCCUGGGACCGAGGACAGGAAGCAGCCCUGGACCUAGGCUAUGAUUUCCUUAUUGGGCUGAGUGGGAUCACAGGGGGUCCUGGAGGAGUCGUGGCCAGUGUGGCCCUCAGGCCAGUGUUCAAAGCGGGAGUUCAGAGGCUCAUCCAGUAUUACAGUAAUAAGGAGGAGGCGAGCAGCCCUUCUCCAAGCACAGACCAAAGAUGGCAAAAGGACUGGAGAAUCGCCACAGAAAUGGGCAGCAGCUGGCAGAAAAGCCAGGAGGUGACUCCGACUGUGGGCAGAGGCAAACAUGUGGAUGAUGAAGUGACACAGGGCACUUCCCUGUGGAAUUGGGUGUCCUUCAAGAGUUGGGGAUAGAGAAGCCAGAGGCUGCCUACAAGCUGGCAUUGCAGCAGGGGGAGUGGGAGGGGAUGAGAGUGGUUUAUAAGAAAGAGUCAGAGAGCUGUAUCAUUAUCUAACUACCUAUUCAUCUAUCCAUCCGUCUGUCUGCCUAUCCAUCUAUCCACCCAUCCAACCAUCCGUCCAUCUGUAGCUAUCUAUCUCCAUCCACUAUCCAUCUGUCUGUCCAUCCAUCCAUCCAUCCAUCCAUCCAUCUAACCAUCUAUCUGUCUGCCAUCCAUCCAACCAUCCAUCUAUAGCUAUCUCUCCAUCCAUCCAUCCAUCCAUCCAUCCAUCUAACCAUCUAUCCUGUCUGCCAUCCAUCCAACCAUCCAUCUAUAGUUAUCUCUCCAUCCAUCCAUCCAUCCAUCCAUCCAUCCAUCUAUCCAUCCAUCUAUCUAACCAUCUAUCUGUCUGCCUAUCCAUCCAUCCAUCCAUCCAUCCAUCCAUCCAUCCAUCCAUCCAUCCAUCCAUCUAACCAUCUAUCUGUCUGCCUAUCCAUCCAUCCAUCCAUCUGUAGCUAUCCACUAUCCAUCUGUCUGUCCAUCCAUCCAUCUAUCUGUAGCUAUCCAUCCAUCCAUCUGUAGCUAUGUCUAUCUCUAUCCAUCCAUAUCUAUCUCUCUCCAAUCCAUUUAUCCAUCCAACCGUCUGUAUCUCCAUCCAUCCAUUUAUCUCUAUAUCUCUAUCCAUCUCUCUCAAUAUAUAUGUCAUUAUAUAUAGAUGCUUAAUAAAUGCUGGUUGAUUGUUCCUUGGGGCUACUAGUUAACAAAUGAUUGCUGAAUUACUGAAUGGGAUGGACUUUGGUUCUUCAUAUUUUUUUUUUUUAAUCUGAAUCCAACCUGUUAAACUCC